UGCAGCCCCGUGCCGGCUGCAUCCCCGCGCGGAGCCGGCGGAGCCGGGAGCUUGCUGAGGCGGAGGGCCCCGCCCCGGCUCCAUUGUUGAGGCGCCGCCGCUCUGCCGCCUGCCGCUGCGGGCUGCGCUGUCUCGGCCGGCGCCCGGGCGGGAGUGGCGCUGCGAGGCGGGCCUGAGGUGCUCUCUCCACCUGGAACCUGUCGCCACUCUUGCCUCUUGUCCCUGCAGGACUGGAAGGACUCUAGCAGCCCUCUCUGACGUCCGGACUCGGCUACCCUCCCAGCCUUGGAACUCUGCCAUGGAAGAGUUAAUAGUAGAGCUUCGCCUCUUUCUGGAACUCCUGGACCAUGAAUAUCUCACCGCGACUGUCAGGGAGAAGAAGGCCGCGCUGACCAACAUCCUGCUGAGGAUCCAGUCACCCAAAGGUUUUGAAGUGAAGGAUCAUGCUCAGAAGCAAGAGACCAACAGCCUACCAGCACCACCUCAGAUGCCUCUGCCAGAGAUUCCUCAACCCUGGCUGCCUCCUGACAGCGGGCCUCCACCUUUGCCGACGUGCUCGCUCCCGGAAGGUUAUUACGAGGAAGCUGUGCCGCUGAGUCCUGGGAAAGCUCCGGAGUACAUCACGUCAAAUUAUGACUCGGAUGCGAUGAGCAGCUCCUACGAGUCCUAUGAUGAAGAGGAGGAGGACGGGAAGGGGAAGAAGGCCCGGCACCAGUGGCCCUCGGAGGAGGCCUCCAUGGACCUGGUGAAGGAUGCCAAGAUCUGUGCCUUCCUGCUGCGCAAGAAGCGCUUCGGCCAGUGGACCAAGUUGCUGUGUGUCAUCAAGGAUGCCAAGCUGCUGUGCUAUAAAAGUUCCAAGGACCAGCAGCCUCAGAUGGAACUGCCUCUCCAUGGCUGCAACAUUACAUAUAUCCCGAAAGACAGCAAAAAGAAGAAGCAUGAGCUGAAAAUCACCCAACAAGGCACUGACCCCCUCGUUCUCGCGGUCCAGAGCAAGGAGCAGGCUGAGCAGUGGCUGAAGGUGAUCAGGGAAGCCUACAGUGGUUGCAGUGGCCCUGCCGAUCCAGAGUGUGUGCCCCUGCCCAGCGCCCCAGUGCACAAGGCAGAGCUGGAGAAGAAACUGUCUUCAGAGAGACCCAGCUCGGAUGGGGAGGGUGCUGUAGAGAAUGGAUCCGCCACGUGUAACGGAAAAGAACAAGUGAAGAGGAAGAAAAGUUCCAAAUCCGAGGCCAAGGGAACUGUGUCUAAAGUCACUGGGAAAAAAAUUACCAAGAUCAUUGGUUUGGGCAAGAAGAAGCCGUCCACGGACGAGCAGACGUCGUCGGCCGAGGAGGACGUCCCUACCUGCGGCUACCUGAACGUGCUCUCCAAUAGCCGCUGGCGGGAGCGCUGGUGCAGAGUGAAGGACAACAAGCUCAUUUUCCACAAGGACAGGACUGACCUGAAGACCCACAUCGUGUCCAUCCCCCUCCGUGGCUGUGAGGUGAUCCCAGGCUUGGAUUCCAGGCACCCCCUGACCUUCCGCCUGCUUCGCAAUGGACAGGAGGUCGCUGUGUUGGAGGCGUCUUCCUCUGAAGACAUGGGCAGGUGGAUCGGAGUCCUGCUGGCUGAGACCGGGUCAUCGACAGACCCGGGAGCUCUGCACUACGACUACAUAGAUGUGGAGAUGUCCGCAAACGUCAUCCAGACAGCCAAGCAGACCUUCUGCUUCAUGAACAGGCGCGGGGUGUCCACCAGCCCGUACCUAGGGGGCACCUCCAAUGGCUACGCCCACCCCAGUGGGACAGCACUGCAUUACGACGACGUCCCCUGCAUCAACGGCUCGAGCUGUGUGUUCCCGUGGGACGCGGAAGACAGCUUCCCUGCCUCCUGUAGCAGAGGCCCGGGAGAAGAGGCGCUCUAUGAUAACGCGGGCCUGUACGAUAACCUGCCGUCUCCGAAAAUCUUUGCUCGCUCCUGUCCUGCUGACAGAAAGGCCUCCAGGCUGCCCACUGACAAGCUGCCCUCUAACCUCUGCAAGCCCCCUGCCUCCUGCGGCCCGCCCUGCUCUCCGUCUCUCACUAACACCUCUGCUGUGGGGAGGGCAUCUCUCGGGCUGCACUCCCAGCUCAAGGGGAAAAAACCCCCAGUGGCAUCUAACGGGGUUCCUGGGAAAGGGAAGGCUCCCAGCAGUCAGCAGAAAAAAGCGGAUUCUGCCACCGGCAUGAGACGGACAGCCUCAAAUGCUGACCAGUACAAAUACGGUAAGAACCGCGUGGAAGCAGAUGCCAAGCGCCUGCAGACCAAAGAAGAGGAGCUGCUGAAGAGGAAGGAAGCCCUGCGGAACCGUCUGGCACAGCUCCGGAAAGAGAGGAAGGACCUGCGGGCCGCCAUCGAAGUGAACGCGGGCAGGAAGACCCAGGUGGUCCUGGAGGACAAGCUGAGGAAGCUGGAGGAGGAGUGCAAGCUGAGGGAGGCAGAGCGGGUCAGCCUGGAGCUGGAGCUGACCGAGGUCAAGGAGAGCCUGAAGAAAGCCCUGGCUGGCGGCGUCACCCUGGGGCUAGCCAUCGAGCCAAAGUCGGGGACAUCAAGUCCACAGUCUCCCGGGCUGAGACAUCGGACUCUGGAAAACUCGCCCAUCUCCAGCUGUGACACCAGUGACGCGGAAGGCCCCCUCCCUGUGAACAGUGCCGCCGUCCUGAGGAAGAGCCAGCCGGCCGCAGGCAGCUCCCCCUGCCGAGGGCACGUGCUGCGGAAGGCCAAGGAGUGGGAGUUGAAGAACGGCACGUAAAGGAAGGCCAGGCUGCCAGCCUCAGACGGGCCGCGCGUGUCCCCAGCCUCCUCGCCGCCACCGUGGCGCGUUCCCAGCGGGGCCAGGCGUGACCGCUCAGGGCCUGCGACCGAGGCGCGAUGCCGACUCCCUUGCCGCAGCUCACACUGGCCUCGGCGCCGCACUGUGGUGCCUCUGGAAGCAGCUCUAACAAGACUUGGAUUUUGAACCAUAUUUGUUAAAAAAACAGAAACCAAAGGGUGACAGGCUACCGCAGGGAGCCCGGCAGGGGGCGAGAACCGCCUCCCAGCCAGUCCCGCCCAGCCUGCAGACCACACUGUGAGCCCAGGUGGCCAGAGCAGUGGGCUGCACCCGCACCGCUCCUGCUGCAGCGUGGCUGCGAAUCGCCCUGCCCCUGCCCCGGGCACAGGGCCCGUGGCUGCGGUGUGGAUGGAGGAGCCUGUCUCGGGACCCCACCGUCCCCCUUCUGCUGCAGGCAAAGGCGUGAGGAAGACCUGCUGGAAGCCGUCUCCACCCUUUGGGGCAGAUGCUUUUGUCACUGGGACAUGAAGAGCUGCCACCCUCUUUAACCUGCUUUAAAAAUGUCCUUUUUUCUGUGUUCUACCUGGUGGGACCUGAGGCGUUUCCAGAGGUUGUGUGUCCUGUUUUGUCGAUCAUUUGUUCCGCUUUGAGAGGCAGCAGAGUGCCCUUGGUGCUUGGCUAACCUUUCCCCUGGGCUGUGGCCCCCGUCCUUCUGGCCUUCAGGAGUGCAGAUGGCUCCGAGCCGGCGGCUCUGCCGGAGCGGGUGGGCCCAUCAUCUGCGUGCGGGCAUUGGCUGCCUGGCCUGGGAACUGCCCUUUGGAAAGGAGGCCAGCUACAGACCUAGAGCACCUUGGGCCAGAGGUGCCUUCCAGGCCUCUUGUUGCCCCAGCUUGAAGGUCACCCCUGGAGCACGGGGGUGCAUGGGGCCUGCCAUGGCUUCUGAGCAUGGCAGCCCGAGGCCUCUGACUGUCCUCCUUGCCUUCUGUACAGCUCCUCCUGGAAAGCUCCUGCUUCAGAUGCAAGGACGAAGGUGGGGCUGGUCAGUGCCCCCUUCUGCCCUGUUCUGAGGGUCGGACUGCCUGCCUGGUCCCAAAUGGGCUGUCAGGGGCUCUCUCCAUUUAAGAGCGCAAGGAAGUGGGUUGUCCAGGCCCCUGGCAGAGAGUCCAGGGCUGCUCACACAGGCGGUGGGCUCCCCGGCGUGUAAGCCCCAGAGCUGCUGUGGGCACUACGAUCCUGCAUCCACAGCCAGAGUGUUCCUAUCAGCCAUAGGAAGAGAUGGCGGAAGCAGUGUCCCCACGCUCUCCCAUGUCCUGGGCUGGCCAGUGUUGGCAUCCUCAGGCCUUCAUGGCAGGACCAGUUUUGCUACCGCACCCUCUGGACCUGCAGGGCUGUCAUGGCUCGCUGUGGAGCAGGAAGCAGUCCCUGGUGAGUAAGAGCUCAGUAGCAGGUGUUGGAGGCUGCUUGACUCGCCUCCACUUGAAACUUGAAUUUAUUGUGAAGCCAUCUGCCAGGAGUGUCUGGUUCAUGAGCUGCGUGGCGUUCCCCUCUGCAGACACACCAGCAUCGGCCACAGGGGCCUCCUGCUGGACCCACACAGGGAGGCCUGCGAGGGGCUGCCGCUUCCCUCUUGGGAGGAAGUCGCAGGAAGCUGUGACUUCUUGGUAUCCUGUGACACUGAUUUUCAUAAAGGGAAGAAAGCGUGACCUGCCACACAUUCCUGCUGCCUUCAGGUCAAGUGGACUUUCUCAACUCCAGGCCCUUCUGAUUGGGGCCCUUUGCCACGAGCACUGUGCCAGGUCAUGGUUGUGGCACGAGGUCCUGGUCUCGAUCACGGUGGGGGAGAGCUACGACCUGGCGGGUCAUCCAAGGACACAACUCUUGGUGCCCUAGCCAGGGGUCAGAGCUGGUCUGCAGGCUCCAGGGAACCUUUCAGGUUUCAAGCCCAUGUUUGUCGUCCUCUGUCACAGCCGUGAGUCUUCUGAGAGGAUGCCGACCCAAAUGAGCUGUGUCCGUCCCGCGGAGUCCUUAGUUGGUCCUGUGGAAGGCGGGGCUCCUGCCUGUGACUGCAGGGCCCUGCGUGCCCCUCGACAUUUCUAGGUGAUCAGAAAGUUAGUUUAAAGUAUUUGCUUCAAAGUGAGUUAUUUAUUUGUGUCUGUUCAGUGAAUAGAGUUGUGACCUACAGCUGUGCACCCGUGACUUGAGGACCUCUCAGGAGACGGGUCGCCUGGCCUCAUCUUCCCAUCGGCCUCUGGGACAGCCGAGCGGGUGGAGGCCAGGCUGCCCCUGAGGAAGUCAGGGCUCUUCCAAUGGCCAGCUGUCAGGUCGGCAGGCGGCCGUGUUCACAGCCAGCGUGGGGCGGUGGCCAGGCCGAGCGCGGCAGCCCCUUCCGAGGCCCCGUGCAUUCCUGGGGUUGUCCUCAGCACAGCGUGGCUGAUGCCACCAGCCUGCACCCCACUGUAUGGCUUGUGUGAUGCUUGUUCGCUGCCCAGCCCCCCACACAGGAGCAGCAUGCGGGCCAGGGCUGUGGGCCUUGGUGUGGGUGGCCAGGCUGGCCCAGAUGUGAGAGUGCCCGUCCAGGGAGGGUGGCCUGCAUGCGUGGAACCUUCUGGAAGCCUUCCCUUUGUACUUGCAGUGACGCUGGUCAGCCCCCGUGUGCCUCUGUCCCAUUCCUCCUGUGUGUACCUUGGUGUUGUCCAGCCCUGCGUCCACUGUGGUUUGCUUGUCCCCAGAUUGCUUUGGCUGUUUCUGAAUAGCCAGUUCUGCGCUGGAGGGUUGAUGGUCACACCAAAAGCACGUGUGCCGGCCUCGGGCACCUGAGGACUUUGGAGGAGCUGCCCGGUGCCGCCUUGCCUCCUGCACAGGUUCCCAAGGGUAGCCCCGCUGGGGCCCAGGAGAGGCCCUGCCGGCCCUGCUGCUUUGCAGAGAACUCCGAAGCCCCCGUGGGGGACAGUAGGUUCCCACAGCCCUGUGCCUGCCCUAGGCGGCACCCGCCGAGGGCGGGCAGUAGCAAGGGCCAGCUGCCUCACCCAGAGGGAGGGGCAACCUCUGCCACCAGCAUCUGCCUCCUGCAUGCCACAGGUGCCCCACUGCAGCCAGGCGGCCCUGUGGUCACACAGAGGUGGAGCAAGCUCCUGCCACAGCCGCUGCAGGCGGGGUGCCCUGAGGUCCCCACGGCCACGCGGCACGGAGAGGAUGAACUACCACCUUCCUCCUCUCGUUUUUCCUUUUCCUAAAUGAUUUAAGGGGUCCCGUACUUUCAGCUCAUGACUGGGCUCAGGAGGCAACUGAAUUCGGUCCUGUUCUUACUGUUCUCCUCGACCGCUGGGCCGGGCUCACACCGUGAAGCCAAAGGGCCCGCACACAGCCACCAGCCUUGCCCCCUGCAGGAGACUCCAGCAGCACCUCAGACCUCCAUCCGCAGGGACCAAAGGUGUUUGAACAAGAUCGUCUUUCUAACCGAUUUUCUAAUACUCACUUUACAUUUCAACUUCGACUUUUACACUCUAGAUUUUCAGAAUUGAUUGACCCUGGCUAUAAGUUGUAAGAUGUUUUCAUAUUAAGAAUGUAAUUAUUUCCUUAUUGUAUUUUUUAAAAACUAAAGUCAUAUUUAAAUUUCUCUUUGAAAGAAGCAGGUAAAGAAACAUUUUUUUAAAUUAAAUGCGUUGGUAGUGCCCAUUUGAAAUGACUGUAAAUAUAUUUUCACUGUUUCUCAGUGUAUUUAAUUCAUAAAAAAAUUUUAUGAAAGGAAACUUGGACUGAAAAUUCUAGUUUUCAGCCCAUCUGCCCCGUUUUGUAGCCGCUCACUUGAACUUCCUGCUCUAUUGAUUGAGUUUUCUACUGUUUACGUGGUGCAGCCACUGACUGGUGCCCCUUGGCGCGACCACUGUGUAUUACUAAUAAACUGCUCUGAGGACCAGG